UUCUGUACACCUUGCGGUAGGCAGAAGGCAGCGGCCGGGGGAUUUUUGCACAGAUAGAGGGAGACUUAGGGACUGGUAGACGGACGGACGGACGGAGAGGACCCUUCCCCAAGCUCUCGCGCCAUGGCGGAGAGGAAGCAAUCCGGGAAGCCGGCAGAGGACGAAGAGGUCCCUGCCUUCUUUAAAAACCUGGGCUCAGGCAGCCCCAAGCCGCGGCAGAAAUUCUGUGGCAUGUUCUGCCCGGUGGAAGGGUCCUCGGAGAACAAGACCAUCGAUUUCGACUCGCUGUCUGUGGGCCGGGGCUCGGGGCAGGUGGUGGCUCAGCAGCGGGACGUCGCCCACUUGGGCCCCGACCCGCAGGCGCCGUACUCCCGGCAGGGCCGGCCAUCUGUUGAAUCGGCCCGGAAGGUGGAGAUCCGGCGGGCCUCGGGCAAGGAAGCGCUGCAGAACAUCUACGACCAGAGCGACCGUCUUCUGAUCAAGGGAGGUAAAAUUGUCAACGAUGACCAGUCAUUUUAUGCAGACAUAUACAUGGAAGAUGGGUUGAUCAAACAAAUAGGAGAAAAUCUGAUUGUGCCUGGAGGGGUGAAGACCAUCGAAGCCCAUUCAAGGAUGGUGAUCCCGGGAGGAAUUGAUGUCCAUACUCGUUUCCAGAUGCCUGACCAGGGAAUGACCUCUGCUGAUGACUUCUUCCAAGGGACCAAGGCAUCCCUCGCUGGGGGAACCACUAUGAUCAUUGACCAUGUGGUUCCUGAGCCUGGGACGAGUCUCCUGGCCGCCUUUGACCAGUGGAGGGAAUGGGCCGACAGCAAGUCUUGCUGUGACUACUCUCUGCACGUGGACAUCACCGAGUGGCAUAAGGGUGUCCAAGAGGAGAUGGAGACCCUGGUGAAGGACCAUGGGGUAAACUCCUUCCUCGUGUACAUGGCUUUCAAGGACCGCUUCCAGCUAACAGAUUCCCAGAUAUAUGAAGUACUGAGCGUGAUCCGGGAUAUCGGGGCGAUCGCCCAAGUCCAUGCAGAAAACGGCGACAUCAUUGCAGAGGAGCAGCAAAGGAUCCUGGAUCUGGGCAUCACAGGCCCCGAGGGACACGUGCUGAGCCGACCCGAGGAGGUGGAGGCGGAGGCCGUGAACCGCUCCAUCACCAUCGCCAAUCAGACCAACUGUCCGCUCUACAUCACCAAGGUCAUGAGCAAGAGUGCGGCGGAAGUCAUCGCCCAGGCCCGGAAAAAGGGCACUGUGGUGUAUGGGGAGCCCAUCACUGCCAGCUUGGGAACUGACGGCUCUCACUACUGGAGCAAGAACUGGGCCAAGGCUGCUGCCUUUGUCACCUCGCCACCCCUGAGCCCGGAUCCGACGACUCCGGACUUUCUGAACUCCCUGUUGUCCUGUGGCGAUCUCCAGGUUACUGGCAGUGCCCACUGUACUUUCAACACAGCCCAGAAGGCUGUCGGGAAGGAUAACUUCACCUUGAUCCCUGAGGGUACCAAUGGCACCGAGGAGCGGAUGUCCAUCAUCUGGGACAAGGCUGUGGUAACUGGCAAGAUGGACGAGAACCAGUUUGUGGCUGUGACCAGCACCAAUGCAGCCAAAAUCUUCAACCUUUAUCCCCGGAAAGGCCGCAUCGCUGUGGGGUCCGAUGCUGACCUGGUCAUCUGGGAUCCGGACACCGUGAAGACCAUCUCAGCCAAGACGCACAACAGCUCGCUAGAGUACAACGUGUUCGAAGGCGUGGAGUGCCGGGGCUCCCCGCUGGUGGUGAUCAGCCAGGGGAAGAUCGUGCUGGAGGACGGCACCCUUCACGUCACCGAGGGCUCCGGGCGCUACAUCCCCCGCAAGCCCUUCCCCGACUUCGUUUACAAGCGGAUCAAGGCCAGGAGCAGGCUGGCGGAGCUGAGAGGGGUCCCUCGCGGCCUCUACGAUGGGCCGGUGUGUGAGGUGUCGGUGACGCCCAAGACGGUCACUCCAGCCUCCUCGGCCAAGACGUCUCCUGCCAAGCAACAGGCCCCUCCUGUCCGGAACCUGCACCAGUCUGGGUUCAGCUUGUCCGGCGCCCAGAUCGACGACAACAUUCCUCGCCGCACCACCCAGCGCAUCGUGGCACCCCCUGGCGGCCGUGCCAACAUCACCAGCCUGGGCUAGAGGCCCCGGGCCCCUGGAACCCCCCUUGGGGAUGAGGGAUGGGACACCUGCGGACAUUCUGAGACUUUUCUUCCUUUCUUACUCCCCCCCCCCCCAUUCCCCUUUAAGAGCCUGUGAUAGUUACUGUGGGGAAGCCAGUUCAUGGGGCUCCCUCUUAGUCCUUCACCCGGAAGUCACUGAUUUUACUCCCCCGCUCCCCCACUCAUCUCCGAGUAUCACACCCAAGCCUAUCCGCCAACCCCGAAAACGGAACCGCACCCCACACUCAGACAUGCGAACAAAGCAAGUCAGAGAGGUGUGCCCUCAUCGCCAUCCUCUGUUGACCUUGUUAGCAUCUUCCUUUUCACGGAGGGAGAGAAAGUGAAUUUCCCAGGAGCUGCCUUUUUUUCUUAAAGACAACACUUUGGUUUUUUGGUUUUGGUUUUUUAAAGUCUUUUCUUUGUGGGGCUGGGUUGGGGGAGGGGGUGGGGAGGAGAAUUUUUGUUGUGCUUUGGACACUCAAUUGGAAGGUCUAAUUCAACAUUAUUAAUACAAGGGGUUUGAACUGGACAUCCUAAUGAUGCAAUUACGUAACCACCGAGCCGACUCGGGGAGGUAGGCAGACCUCAGCCUGUCACCCCCGAGGGGCUCCAAUUGUCCCAUUGCCAUAUUCCGUAGUCCUCUGGGUCAGCUGCUCACAAAGCAAGACGUGCUUUCUGUUGGGCCUAGAUUCUGCUGCCGAUCGAACCUUGGGAGGGUUGCCGUUUCUCUCUCUUUUCACCUCUUUUGUGCUGUCUCUGCUUUUCCUGCCUGGGCCCUUUCAAAUGUCCGCCCUCAUUGGUGUUGGCUCUCGCCCUGCCUCACCUCCUCGCCUCCUCUCUUCUGUCCUUUUACUGUUGUGCUAAGAACCUGCCCGAGGACUCUGAGCUUUGCCAUUUCCACCAUAGUAGAUGCUCUUUGCCUCCAUGUAGACUGGUGCUACCCACCCGCCACCCAUCACGAGGCCGGGCGCUGGAAGGGGAGCCACUCCCCCAGGUGCAGGGACGGGCCACACUAACUCACCCACACGGUCAGUCAGUGCUGGGCUGAGGCUGUGCGGCAUGGAGGCGUUCCCUCUGACAGACCACCACCCCUGUCGAGUGAGCCUCAUGACCCAAGUGAGCGAACCACCUUCAAGCCCAGAAGGAUUGGAUUUGGGGGAGUCUGGCCUCAGUGGCCUUCUGUUUGCCCAGGAAGUAUCUUCUGGAAGUUUAGAACACAUUGGGGCUUUGAGGGAAAAUCACAUACCGUACAUACUCAAGUAUAAGCUGACCCGAAUACCAGCCGAGGCACCUGAUCUUACCACAAAAACUGCAUUAAAAGUGUGCUGGAAAACUCGGCUUAUACACGAGUAUCUACGGUAAGUUGGGCAGAGGCUAGGGGUGGGCCAGUGUCGAAAUCACCUUUCUUGACCAGACUAUUUUGAAAGAAAGACUACAGCACAGGGAGGUCUUCUCUCUUCCAGAAAAUCUUUGGGAGAUUUGACUGACACUCCAUCGAACUUUGCAAGAGGACAAAGGAAAUCUGUUUUAUAAGUGAUAGGCCACCUCAGAGCUUUUGUGGGGAAAAUCACCAGUUAAACGUUGGCCGCCUGUAGACCACAGGUGACCUGGUGUCUGCUUCCUUUCCUUGUCUGAGUGACAGCUUGCCACUCAGCCCUCCUCUGCGCACCACGCCCGUCUCUGCGGAUUGGUGAUGCAUUUCUUUUCAAGCGUGUUGAAGGUUCUCUUGAGAAAUGCUCUGUUUGUAGGCUUCUGUAAAAUCAAAUCCGCUUUUGUAAAGUAUGACGUAAUACAGUAGGUCAUGACAUCAUCACACCUGUCUGUCCACAUGUUUUUGCCUUUGGGGCGAUCGUUGGGUUUUUUAAAAAAAGUUGUUUAUUUGUUAUUUUCAAAGUAAUUUGCACUUUUAAAAAUAAUUGGUUAACUUAAUAUAUUUUACUGUUUUUUUUUCUCUCUCACCUGCACUUAGAGGAAAUUGGAACAAGUUGGGAAAAAAUUUUUGUUUCAAUUCUAAGAAACAUCUGCAGCUCUUUCGUAUUCACUUAGUCUUCCCGUUUCUUUCUUUCUUUUUUUCUUCCCUGUAUCAGGCCAUGGUAUUUUUGGUUCUUUGGAUUGUUUUCUUCAAACAAUUUGAAACCUGAAAAUUUCUGUAGGCUGUGUAAGCAUGUUUACCAGUUGGCUUGCUUUGUGUGUCUGUUACGUGAAUGUCCUAUGUAAAUGCUAAAAUAAAUGGACAGUGUCUCAGAACUGAUCAACUGCAGUGACUUGAUGCUCUCCCCCAGUGUAGGAUUUAAUUAAUGAUAGACGGUUUUCGCCCUUGGAAUUGUGGUUGUGACCCACGAGUGGAAGAACUUUCGAUGCUAAGCUGAUCAUGUGUGUAGCCAGAAAAGUACUUUUUUUUUUUUGUAACCACUGUCUUACCUGGCAAAAUAAUGAUGGUAAACGAACAAGUCUCGUGUGUAUUACCCCUUAAGAACGCUGUGUUAUAUUACCAUGGAAAGCCUAAUAAAGCAGAAUGUGGUCGUUU